AUGUGGGAUUUGAAGCCAGCUAAGCUGGCUUGCUAACAGGUACUGGUACCAUGCUACCGUACCGGUAUGAUAGGUCGCCUUUCAGCUUUCUUCCUCGCCUUCUUGCGAAGCCUUUGAAGACUUCUUCUGUGCCGGAAUUUAAAAGGCAAACGGUACCACCAUUGUGAUGUCCAGGUGCAAAAGUGGGGGAUCCUCUCUGAUGCAUCACAGAAAGGGAGCGGCUGCGUUGACGUACAUGUAUCAGGUAUUCUGCUGCAUCCUUCAGCACGCAAACUCUUUGUUCCUCGACACUCACAAAAGAAAUCUAUCAUCGGCGUUCAGCCUCUUUCUUUUGCACUUUUUGAAUUCUUCUUCCAAUAUAGUCAAACAAUGCAGAGCACAACUGGUACCGAAUUUCCAACCGCAAGUCUCUUGGCAGGUGCCACGGUUGCCAUCUUGAUUCAUUCACUCCUUCGUGCCUACAACCGCGUCAAACCCUACCCUGUGGACAAAUCAUUACCAGGGCCAGAAAGGCAUCCAUUCCUCGGGAUUCUAAAGUUCUUCUUGGAUCAUAGCGGCCAAGUACUGGAAGUCAUAUUGGAAAUGACGGAAAAGCAUCAAUGUACAUGGGGAGGACCCAUGCCCAAUCUUGGUGCAUUGAGUGGUGCCUAUUUCUUGAUUUCCGAUGAAAAGAACAUUGAAUACAUUCUAGGCAGCAACUUUGAAAACUAUGAAAAGGGAGAUCUCUUUCGAACUGCUUUUCGAGAACUCAUGGGAAAUGGAAUCUUUGUGGCAGAUGGAUCCACGUGGUAUCGCCACAGAAAGAUUGCUUCCCGCAUGUUCUCUACCAACCUGCUCCGAGAGUCAUCCAAAGUCACAUUGGAGAAGGUACAAGAGCUGUCGGCAGUUCUGAAUGAUACCUCAACUAGUACGAGUGGAAAGGAGGAAGUUGAUAUCCAAGAUCUCUUCUUUCGCAUGACAUUUGAUAUCACAUCUAUUGUGUCAUUUGGAGUUGAGUAUGGAAGCCUCCAGCAUGAAACUCAGCACGUGUUUGCACAGGCUUUCGAUGAAAUGCAGGUACUCAUGGUUCAGCGAUUGUCAGAUCCUUUCUUUGAGCUCAAGCGAUACUUCAACCUGACAGAGAGAGAAAAAAGGGUUCGUCAGCUGAAGGUCGUCCUGGAUGAAAAUGCCAAGGAAAUCAUCCAAGGACGAAGGCGCACAGCCAAGGAUGGGAAGCUGGGUCCAGACAUUCUCAGUCGAUGUCUGGACGAUGCUGCCACACACAACGACCCCAUUUCUGAUGAGGAACUGAGGGAUGUCAUCACAAAUACCAUGGCCGCUGGUCGAGACACUACAGCUGUUGCUCUCUCCUGGACAAUCUUCGAGCUCUGCAAGCAUCCUGAAGUAGUGGAGAAGAUGCUGGAAGAAGCAAAUGACGUUUGUGGCAGAGCAGAUGAUGACUCUGGUCAAGAUUAUUCAUAUGACACUAUUGGAAAGUUGCAAUACAUUGAUGCUGUUGUCAUGGAGGUUCUUCGACUACACCCCUCUGUUCCAAAGGAAGCAAAGUAUGCUGUCAGGGAAGAUAUCUUGCCUGAUGGAACAUUUAUUCCCAGGGGAGCCAUGGUGGCCUUUCCUCCGUAUGUCAUGGGAAGGAGCAGGCAUGUUUGGGGCAGCGAUGCUCAUGAGUUCAAGCCAGCGCGGUUCUUUAACCAAAAGGAACCAACAGCUUUCAAAUUUACAGCAUUCAAUGCAGGAAAGAGGAUGUGUCUUGGGAAACCCAUGGCUCUCAACACCUUGAAGUUGACACUGGCCUAUCUGGUCCAACGAUUUGAGUUCCAAGACAACAAAGGGCACAAUGGCACCGUUGAACCCUAUUGCUUGAUCAGCAAGAUGAAAGGAGGAUUUCACAUCCAAGUCACAGCCAGGAAAUAACGACAGAAGGUGGGUGAUAAAUUGUCAACAACAAAAUUUAAAAAUAGUGAAUGACAUGUCGUGCCUUG